GUUCCGUCACUUCCGGCAUAUUUCAGGGAGUCGGACGGGAGGUAAAUUUUGAUAGAUCAGCGAACAAUCAUCUCUUGUGAUGGAUUCCUCUGCCGCUCUGGAAAGUUCCCACUCGGAACCAAAACUCAUUUUAAUUUUCAGCGGAAAACGGAAGUCGGGGAAAGAUUACGUCACAGAUUUCAUCCAAGAUCGUUUAGGCGAAGACGUCUGCGGCGUCGUUCGUCUUUCUGCACCCCUCAAACAAGCCUACGCUCAGGAACACGGCCUGGACGCGGAGCAGCUGGCGAGUUCCGGCCCUUACAAGGAGCUCUACCGGGCCGACAUGAUCAGGUGGGGCGAAGCUCGCAGACUGCGAGAUCCCGGAUUCUUCUGCCGCCUGGCGACCAGAGGAGCGCAUCAACCCGUUUGGGUGGUGAGUGACGCGCGGCGGAUGUCGGACCUUCGGUGGUUUUGGAACAACUUUCCUGAACAGACUCGCUGCGUGCGCGUGCAAAGUCGAGAAGAAACGCGCAGGCGGAGGGGGUGGAUCUUCACACCGGGCGUGGAUGACGCAGAGUCCGAGUGCGGGUUGGACACUGGUGUGGACUACCAUUGGAUCAUCAUGAACGAGGCCGACGCCCCCUCAUUAGACGACCAGUUGCGGCCAAUCUUAGCGCUGGCUGCGGAAGCUGCCAGUCAAUGAUCGUCCGAAGCUAACCCAAACCGCAUUCAACAAAGCCGGGACGGGCGCCAUAUCGCUACCCGGUUUGGUAUAAUGUCACCAAGUGACGCAGUUAACCGGUUCCAAAUUGGACCGCAUGGAAGGAAUGUCUUCCACAGAGCCCUUUUUUGUCCACCUGAGAUUACAAUUGUUGAAAUUGUUGAAAAACACCCAU